CAUCUCUCUUUAAUCUACAAUGGCUUCUUUUUUCUGCUGGAUAAACUCUUAACAUGAUAAACUGAUUGAUUAUAAUGAGAAUCUCAAGAUCUUCAUCAACUCAAAUAAGCUCGAAGAGAUUGUUGUCAAGUAACCACGAUGGCAUCAUCAACUAGCCCAACCCAGAUGUCGUCGUCAUCCUCCGCAGGACGUCCACCAACAGCUUUGAAAUUUGCCCGACGAACAUCCAGCGGCCGUAUCGUUAGCCUCUCUCGGGACGAAGACGUAGACGGUUUUGGUGAGUAUGGAAACUCCAAUGACUAUAUUGAUUACGCCGUACUAAUGCCUCCGACACCGGACAACCAGCCCACGGCUGCAGGCGGCAGUGGUGCAAUUGCCGGUGCAUCCAGUGCUUCUUCCAUGUCGUCUGACCGGCAACACCACCACCCCCAGUCUAAACCUGAUGAACUUGGUUCAUACGGGCAAGGGACUAUUUUUGGAGGGGAAGCAUCAAGACGGAUUGGAAUGAACAGAAGAGGUGCAGAGGAGGAAGGUGGUGGUGGUGGUGGCGGUGGUGGUGGCGGUGGAGGAUUAGGCAAAAAGAUGGAUAGAAGAAUGUCAUUUGUGAAAACGAACAAGUCUAUGUUGUUGAGAAGCCAAACGGGGGAUUUCGAUCACAAUCGUUGGUUGUUCGAGACCAAGGGAACGUAUGGGAUUGGGAAUGCGUAUUGGUCACAAGACGAUGAAUUUGGUGAUGACGGAGGGAUGUCAAUGUCUGAUUUUAUGGAUAAACCUUGGAAGCCGCUUACCAGGAAGAUCAAUGUCCCUUCUUCCAUCCUCAGCCCUUAUAGGCUUCUGGUUGGAGUCCGUCUGAUAGCACUAUUACUAUUUCUGACGUGGCGAGUGAGAAACCCUAACCCAGAAGCGAUGUGGCUGUGGGGCAUGUCUAUAGUGUGUGAAAUAUGGUUCGCUUUCUCAUGGAUACUGGACCAAAUGCCCAAGCUGAAUCCCAUCAAUCGAGCCACUGACCUGGCUGCUCUUCGUGACAAGUUCGAACAACCCUCACACUCAAACCCACAAGGCAAGUCCGAUCUACCUGGGAUCGAUAUUUUCGUUUCCACAGCCGAUCCAGAGAAAGAACCACCUCUCGUCACAGCCAACACCAUCCUCUCAAUCUUAGCAGCAGAUUACCCAGUUGAGAAGCUUUCUUGUUACAUUUCAGACGAUGGUGGUGCCAUCCUUACUUUCGAAGCCAUGGCUGAGGCUGUCAACUUUGCCGAGGUGUGGGUACCCUUCUGCCGUAAGCACAAUAUUGAGCCUCGUAAUCCUGAUAGUUACUUCUCCAUUAAGACAGACCCCACUAAGAAUAAGAAGAAACCUGAUUUUGUUAAGGACCGGCGUUGGAUUAAGAGGGAGUAUGAUGAGUUCAAGGUCAGGAUUAAUGGUCUACCUGAUGUGAUAAAGAAACGUUGCCGCGCCUACAAUAAAAAGGAAGAGGCCAACGAGCGGAAGUUGGCUAAGGAAAAGAAUGGUGGUGUUGCACCUACUGAACCCAUCACCGUCCCUAAGGCCACUUGGAUGGCCGAUGGAACACAUUGGCCCGGGACCUGGUAUGAACCUAGUUCUGAUCACAAGAAGGGAGACCAUGCUGGGAUUUUACAGGUGAUGAGCAAAGUUCCUGACAGUGAUCCAGUGUAUGGAAACCCAGAUGAAAAAGUGUUGGACUUCACUGGUGUUGAUAUUCGCAUACCCAUGUUUGCCUAUGUCUCCCGUGAGAAGCGCCCAGGUUAUGAUCAUAACAAAAAGGCUGGUGCCAUGAACGCCCUGGUUCGAGCUUCAGCCAUACUCUCUAAUGGUCCUUUCAUUCUGAACCUCGACUGUGAUCACUACAUAUACAACUCGCUUGCCCUUCGCGAGGGCAUGUGCUUCAUGAUGGACCGUGGUGGAGACCGCAUUUGCUACAUUCAGUUCCCACAACGGUUCGAAGGAAUUGAUCCAUCUGAUCGUUAUGCCAACCAUAACACUAUCUUCUUUGAUGGCAAUAUGAGAGCUCUGGAUGGCCUCCAGGGCCCCGUAUAUGUUGGCACUGGAUGCCUGUUCCGAAGGUAUGCCUUGUAUGGUUUCCAACCUCCACGAGCCAAUGAAUACUCUGGCUUAUUUGGUCAGAACAAGAAACCAGCCGCUAAUAUUUCAACCCAAUCAGAGGAAGAAGAAUCAGACGCACACCUACUCACAGGACAUCCAGAUUUGAACUUGCCUAAGAAGUUUGGGAACUCGAGUAUGUUCACUGACUCGAUAGCUGUGGCUGAGUUCCAAGGACGACCGCUUGCCGAUCACUUGUCCGUAAAGAAUGGCCGACCUCCAGGCGCACUACUCGCUCCCCGCCCACCGCUCGAUGCCCAAACAGUUGCUGAAGCUAUUGCGGUCAUCUCCUGCUGGUAUGAGGACAAGACAGAAUGGGGGGAAAGAAUAGGUUGGAUCUAUGGGUCGGUUACAGAGGACGUGGUAACUGGAUACCGCAUGCACAAUCGUGGAUGGCGUUCAAUCUAUUGCAUCACUAAGCGUGAUGCCUUCCGCGGCACAGCCCCCAUCAAUCUCACAGAUCGUCUACACCAGGUCCUUCGCUGGGCCACAGGGUCUGUCGAGAUCUUCUUCUCUCGCAACAAUGCCUUCCUUGCUAGCCCACGCCUCAAGUUCCUACAGCGCAUUGCCUACCUCAACGUCGGUAUUUACCCUUUCACCUCAAUCUUCCUUGUUGUCUACUGUUUCCUUCCUGCUCUCUCCCUUUUCUCUGGACACUUCAUUGUUGAAAAUCUCAAUGUAAGCUUCCUCCUUUACCUCCUUUCCAUCACUAUCACCCUCUGCCUCCUCUCUCUCCUGGAGAUCAAAUGGUCUGGUGUGUCUCUUGAAGACUGGUGGCGCAACGAACAGUUUUGGCUCAUCGGCGGGACCAGUGCCCAUCUGGCUGCCGUCCUUCAGGGCCUCUUGAAGGUCAUUGCCGGCAUUGAUAUCUCAUUCACAUUAACAUCCAAGUCUGCUGCCGAGGACGAUGAUGACAUAUAUGCUGACCUCUAUGUUGUCAAAUGGACUAGUCUCUUCAUAAUGCCUCUAACAAUCAUGGUGGUUAACCUUGUAGCCAUCGUCAUGGGAUUCGCAAGGACAAUCUACAGUGUUAUCCCACAAUGGAAUAAGCUGUUUGGUGGGGUCUUCUUCAGCUUCUGGGUGUUGGCUCACAUGUACCCAUUUGCAAAAGGGCUGAUGGGAAGGAAAGGAAGGAUGCCAACCAUUGUUUACGUCUGGUCUGGUCUUGUCACAAUUACAGUCUCUUUGCUUUGGAUAUCAAUAAGUCCUCCAGAUGAUGGGAAUAACAGUGCCGCCUUGCCGGACGUUAACGUUGAUAUAGGCUAA